AUGCGAGUACGUGACCAUUUUCACUAUUUUUCGUACGAAUUACUAAUCCGAUGAUUUCCUUGUACGAUUUAUCUUACACCCUCACGACCUUGAGUUGGAAAGAAAGAAGCGAAAAGAUGGCUGCCAGACUUCCCAAGCCACAACUAAGAAAUUUAUUUGGUGAUUACAUGAAAAAGAAUUUGAUAGCUACCUUAGGUCUAUCAAUAGCUUCGACUGUUCCAAUUUACCUGUGGGCUGUGAGACGAAUUAAGAACAAACAUCUGGAGUACUUCAGCAAAACAGAUCCAUAUGUCCUUCAAGAACAGCUCAUCAAGGAUGGAGCAUUUAGUGUAGUAACUCCAGAAGGGGAAGUAACAUGGCCUGAAGAUUAAUAAGGGUAAGUGAAUCUGUGUUGUAGUCCAAGCUCUUUAUUACGUAAGGAAUAAAUUUCUAGCUUGUCUGUAUUAUAUGGCGUUAUAUAAAUACUGUAAAAGUUAUUAUUUAUUUUAUGCCGGGGGUUAAGUAUGUGUUUUCCCACAUCCAACAUUACGCGUGGGGGAAAAGUACGCGGUAACUGAAUAUGUUUAUUAUAUCAAAUAUUUAUAAGUAUACGCGUGGUGGAAAUUUACGCACUUAUUACAUGAUGGCGUAGUUAGUGUAAAUUUCCCCCAUGAGUAAAGUAAUGGAAGCCCCCCAUGAGUAAAGUAAUGGAAGCAUGUAAAGGAGUAAAUUUUAUAAUCUGUGAUGCUUAUUGUACCCCAUGCAUCCAUUGUUUAUAUCUCCUCAGUAAUGCAAACAACUUACACAUUUAUUCUUUUUAUCUAUAUUUUGUAAAUAGAAAAAGAUAGGUAGAUAUUUUAUGCUUGGAAUAAUUUUCUAUACAAAGCAAGUCUCUUUGUAACACAAGUAGGACUUCCUUUAUGAUAAAUAAAUUUUGAACUAGCAAAGGAUUAGUAACCAACACAUGGUCAGACUAUCUACUGCCUAUUCUUUUCUUUUAGGGUCUGAUAUUCAUAAGGCAACCUAAAGGUCUUUACUUAGUUGCCUACAUGACAAGUUCAGUUUUUCAAUACUGAUAGGAAUGUUUAACCCUAAUAUGUUCAUGAACAUAGAAGUUGAAUUAUUGACUGUUGAUACAAUAGAUCUCUAUGCAAGUGCAUUUGAAGGCUACAAGCAAUUUGAUCCAAUUCAAUUUUGAUGUCAAUUCCUUCGUAUUCUUGUAGAACUUUGAUUUUAAUGUUGGAACUUUCAAUUAAUUUUCGUUAUCAUUGGCCAAGGUCCAACAACUAGAAAAAACAUUGUAUUCAAUGCCUUCGAGGUGAAUAUAAAGUUUGAUUUCUCCAACAUCGGAUUAAAAUUAUAUUGUGAAUAUCCAAAUUGAUGAUUGAUUAUUAAUUUUUGAUUGUUCAACGAAAACUUGCAUCCCUUAGUAUUUGCUUUCAACUAGGCCUUGCACUAUAAUUGAAAAGAUUGGGUGAAUUCUGUAACAAACGAGAGUAAGAAUUGUAGAAUAGUAACAACUAAAGAUGAUCGAUCAUGUAUCAUGUAGUAAAUUCUAAUAGAAUGGCUCUAGUAGCAGUUUCAAUGUUUUAAAUUAUUCAAUCAUAUAAUAAAACAGUUAUUGACAUUUUCUCGGUUAAUACAAUACUGUAGCUAUCUUAGAAGUAUCCAGGCUUGGUGAAUCUCUAGGCUCAGUGAAUAUUGUACUUCUCAAGUAGCUAAAACAUCAUAUUGACUGGGAGGGAAAAAAAGUAAAUAAUUGCAUACAAUUCAAUAUUAUUAAAAUAUAAUGUUUAGAACUGGUUGCAUUUUUGCAUCUUAGAUUUGUAUUUUGAUACAAAACCAAUUUUUCUCUUUUGCAGGAGGAAUACUAUCAGUGAUGUUGUGUUAUUAGUGAGAAAGAACUGUGUUUAUCAUUGAGAUGAAUUCAAUAAAAUUUGAAAUAUA